AUGUCUGAAAAGAAUCGUCGUCUUCAGAAUCAGUUAUACGUUGCUCUCGUUACUCAAACUCUGAUUCCUGCUAUUUUGAUGCAUGUUCCAGUUUCUGUUAUCUAUAUUUCCUCUUUUGUCUCAUUAAACCUGGGAUCAACUAGUGGAAUUGCUCCACUUACUAUUGCUCUUUAUCCAUGCCUUGACCCGCUCCCAACAAUGUUUAUCAUCGGUCAAUAUAGAUUUGUUUUGUAUAAUUGGUUAAUGUGGAUUCCAAGAAUGUUCUGUUGUAAAGAGCCACUUCCGGCAGCAGAGUUUCAGAUGUCAGAGAGAAACAACACAUUUGAUGAUCUCACCACCGGAAUAACUACUACUGCUUUGACUCAGACUUGA